UCCUCUCCCGCCGCUCCCGGCCCCGCUCCACCCCGGAGCCGGAUGGCGGCGGCCGCGCGGAGGAAGCCGGCUCAGGGUAUGGACUUUGGGGAUGUGGCCAGUCACUUCUCCCAGGAGGAGUGGAGGCUCCUUGAUGAGGCUCAGAGAUUCCUGUUCUGCGAUGUGAUGCGGGAGAACUUUGCUCUUGUAGCAUCUGUGGGUUGUUGGCAUGCAGCAGAAGAUGAGGAGGCCCCUUCUGAGCAGAGUGUACCUGCCACUCCCAACAGUGAGGAGCCACACAGUGACAAUGAGAGUGGGCAGGCCUGUCACAGUGGGAAAAGUCAUUACAAUCCAUGUCACUGUGGUGAAUGUGGAAAAUUCUUGAACAAAAUCUCUGACCGUAUUAAACAUCAGAGAAUUUGCACUGGGGAAAGGACUUAUGAAUGCAGUGAAUGUGGAAAAGUCUUUAUCCACAAAUCCAAACUCAUUCACCACCAGAGACAAUACCACACUGGAGGAAAGCAGUAUAACUGUGGCCAAUGUGGGAAAUCCUUUCCCCACAAAUCUUACGUCAUUCAACACCAGAGAAUUCAUACUGGCACAAGUCCUGAGUGCGGUGAAUGUGGGAAAUCCUUUAGCUUCAAAUCCUCCCUCAUUCAACGCCGGAGAGUUCACAGUGGAGAAAGACCUUGUGAAUGUAGUGAAUGUGGCAAGUCUUUUAGCCGUAAAUCUGACCUCUGUAAACACCAGAGAGUUCACACUGGAGAGAGGCCUUAUGAGUGCAGUGAAUGUGGCAAGUUCUUUAGUCAAAGCUCUGGCCUUUUCCAACACCAGAGAGUUCAUACUGGAGAGAGACCUUAUGAAUGCACUGAAUGUGGCAAAUGGUUUAGACAAUGCUUUAGCCUUAUUCAACACCAGAGAGUUCACAAUGAAGAAAGACCUUAUGAGUGCAGUGAAUGUGGGAAGUCCUUUAGCCGACGCUCCACUCUUAAUGAACACCAGAGAGUUCAUUCUGGAGAAAAGCUUUAUGAGUGUGGGGAAGGUAGGAAGUCCUUUAAACAAAGCUCUAGCCUUUGCCAACACCAGAGAGUUCACACUGGAAAAAGACCUUACGAGUGUACUGAAUGUGGGAAAUCCUCUAUCUGCAAAUGUUACGUCAUUCAACACCACAGAAUUCAUACUGACUCAAGACCAUGUGAGUGGGGUGAAUGUGGGAAAUCCUUUAGAUAAUACUCUGUUCUUGUUCAUCACUUGAAAGUUCAUUCUGGAGAAAAGCCUUAUGAGUGCACUGAAUGUGGGAAAUCUUUCAGAUGAUGCUUCGGCCUUAUUCAACAUGAGAGAAUUCAUUCUGGGGAAAAAUCUUAUGAGUGUAGGGAAUGUGGGAAGUCCUUUAGACAAAGCUCUACCCUUUUCCAGCACUGGAGGGUGCGCACUGGAGAAAUACCUUAUGAGUGUACUGAAUGUGGGAAAUCCUUUACCCACAAAUCUAUCCUCAUUCACCACCAGAGAAUUCAUACUGGUACAAGACCUUAUGAAUGCGGGAGAAAAGCCUUAUGAGUCGGGGAAUGUGGGAAAUCCUUUAGUCAAAGCUUGAACCUCAGUCAACAUCAGAGAGGUCACUCUGGUGAAAGGCCUUGUGAGUGCAGUGAAUGUGGGAAGACUUGUACUUAAAAAUCUCACCUCAUUGAACAGCAGAGAGUUCACACUGGAAGACUUUAUGAGUGUAGUGAAUGA